AUGCCUCCCAAGCGCAAGAGGUCCAACACAGCGGGCUCCGUCAAGAAGGACGCCAUGGAUGUCGUGCAGCCAUCAUCACGCGACGCGUCUGACGAGGGCGCCGAAGACUCGGUUCUGCAAGAAGUCACGUCCAAGAAGGAGCGCCAGGCCGAGUCGGCCAAACGCGGACGCGCCGGCAACCCCGACGACGACAGCGAUGCCGACGACGACGACGACGAGCGCGUCAGCAAGAAGAGCAGGCGCUCCUCGGCCGACCGGAUCAAGAGCGGCGAGAACGGCGAGGCGGCGACAAUGCGCAUGGAGGCGCCGCCUGGUGCUGGCCUGACCGACCCCGCCGGCGGCUUCAAGACGAACCCUCCCGCCAUGGACCGCCCGAUCCGCGUGUACGCCGAUGGCGUCUUCGAUCUCUUCCACAUCGGCCACAUGCGUGCGCUGCAGCAGGCCAAGACUGCGUUCGCGCACCUGGCGCCCAACAACCCGCAGGUCGAGCUCGUCGUGGGCGUCACGGGCGACACCGAGACACACAAGCGCAAGGGCCUCACUGUUUUGUCGGCGCGAGAGCGUGCUGAGAGUGUGCGACACUGCAAAUGGGUCGAUGAAGUUGUCCCAGACUGCCCCUGGAUCGUCACAACCGACUUCCUCGAGCAGCACAAGAUCGACUACGUCGCCCACGACGAUCUUCCCUACGGCGCAGACGAGGGCGACGACAUCUACGGUCCCAUCAAGGAGAGGGGCAUGUUCCUUGUAACCCAGCGGACAGAGGGUCUCUCGACCACUGGCAUCAUCACCAAAAUCGUCCGCGACUACGACCAGUACGUCGACCGCCAACUCAAGCGCGGCACCUCGCGCAAGGAACUCAAUGUCUCGUGGCUCAAGAAAAACGAACUCGAUCUCAAGCGUAACAUGGUCGAGUUCCGCGACUCCAUCAAGGCGAACUGGGCCACCACCGGCCAAGAGCUCACGAAAGAUUUCCGCCAGUUCUGGCAAUCGAGCCGCCCUGCCAGUCCCGCUAGGACGCCCACGAGAGAACAUAGCAAUGCUAUGGAGCAGGUGGCAGUUGAUGCACGCAGCCCAAGUGCGUUAAGCAGGCUGAGUCAUUUGGACAUUCCGCGCGCGAGUGCCGCGGGGGAGAGGAGUAGUGAUUUCGCGGCGGGUUACAAUCUGGGUCUGAUCGGUGGUGUGCGCGCAUGGAUGGCUAGAAGCCGCCGCAACCUUAACGACAGCCGUCCUCAGAGCCCGUCGAACAGCAGUGAAGACGAGCGCGAGGACCGCAGCCCGCAGGCCGAGCCGAGACGGGGCCGCAGCGGGAAGAAAGACGAUCUGGACAUCGAGGCUUAG